GGCGGGCAUGGCCGACUGGCCAGAAUGUACCGUAACUCAAACUCAUACGUACUUCGCCAUGGAAGACCCCUGCAGGGCGUUCAUCACAGUCAGUGCCACUGAACGGGGUAACCCGUGUCUCAUCGUGGAUAACUACCGGUUCUGCCUCCGCCGUCAAGGCUCAGGGGCAGGAAUCCUGCGGUGGAAGUGUUCUGCCAGCCAUUGCUAUGUUGCCUUCAUCACCGAUGAAUCGUACAAUUUCAUCAAGUGGGGUGGCACCACUCAACACGUCAUGGGGACGGCUGCGCCUGACGGCUCACGCAGAAGCCACCGCAUGUCUGACGCCGUGGCUAUGCGGCAACUCGUACGGGCGAGCGCCAAGCGAAAGGCACUCGACAAUUUGAACAUGCUUCCCUCGAAGGUCAUAAUUGACGCGUUGAUGGAGGUCGACACGGGUCCUGAGGAACAUCUAGUGGAUCACGACUUAACUUUGUGCACCAGAGCCAUAGAACGUGUGAGGUCCGUGAAGAAAAAACGCCGCCAGUCCAGCGUGGCAAACACACCACCACCAUCGUCGUCGUCAUCAUCAUCAUCAUCACCAACACUGCUAGACCCGAUACGUCUGACUUAUCCGCAGACGUGGUCCUCAUCACCUCUAUCACAAACACCUUACAACUUUCACCACGAAGCAGCAUCAGUUCAAACACCUAACAAUUUUCACCACGAAGCAGCAUCAGUUCAAACACCUUACAAUUUUCACCACGAAGCAUCAUCAAUUGGAACACCUUACACCUUUCACCACGACGUAGCACCAAUGGCAGCAAGCACGGGAGUGCCGAUGUGUUUCACCUUCCAUCCGCAGACGUGGCCCUCUUCACCUCUUACUCAAACUUGUGAUAUUCAAACGUAUAAAUAG